AUGAGCGCGGCGGGGUCGUUUGAGGCCAUUGAAGGGACGAAACGUCGCGUAGCUCAUCAACCGAAAGGUUCAGCGAAGGAUAUCAUCCGCGGAUUAGCUUUUAAAAAGCAAUCUGUCGCGCAGAUGGUGAAUUUACUUUCAUCGAAAAACAACAAGAGAGAUAGUCGUAUGCAUUUUCAGCGCGAUGAAACAGAAAUCAAGAAGCCGCGAUCUUUUUGUCGUGGACGACAUUUGACGCCAUCAUCGGAAGUUCAAGAAUCAUUUGAGAAUGAAUCAGCUGAUGAAGAUAAGAAAUUUUCAAAAACGUUGUAUUCUGCUGUUGGCAACUCAUGUGAUGGACAAAAUGCUGAUAUAAAUAAAACUGAAGACAAAGCAGAUGAAUUGAAAGUAUCAUCGUCUAGGAUUGAAUUCUUAUCAGUACCAAGCAUUGAUAAGGAUUUAACAUUUCAAGAAAGGCUCAAAACAUUAACGGACAGUGAAUCAGAUGAUCAAAAAAGUGAUGCAAAGCAGUCGUUAAAAUGGAUGUGUAAGCCAAGACUUUAUGGUUCAUCGAAAGAAGAUAAUGAGCAUUCUUCUGAUCAGGAAAUACGCACCAGAAACAGGCGGAAAAGAGCCAUUGUUUCAUCAUCUAGCGAUGAGGAACCAGGAAGUGAUAACGAAAAUGUAAGUUUUGGAAAUUAUGCCUCUAAGUUAAUGCAAAAAGGUGUAGAAAAUAUGAGCCAAGACUGGUUGAUGACUCCAAUAAGUCUAAAGAUUAUGGUGAAAAGAGUGAAGAAGCAUCGAAAAAAGGCUGUCUUAAGCGGCGAUGACAGUGAGAGUAGUGGUCAUAACGAUUCAUAUAGUUCAGCGCAGGUAUACGAAAGCGAUACUGAUAGUAAUAGUGACCAGGUUGUGAGUCGUCGAAGUCAUAGAGCUACAUCUUCAUCGAUAGUUUUGAAAAACUGCUGUGUUUCAUUUUUCAACGAGGGUAAUCGUAGUACAAUGAUGAAAGCACCGCGGAUGAAUGACAAACUCUUUGAUUAUAUAAUUAAGAAUCGACCUUUCAAAGAUUACGAAGAUCUAAUAGAUGUUUUACUCACAACUUAUAAUAUGGUUGGGUCCAAAGCAGAAGAUCGGAAGUUUUUCAAACGAUUUCGAAUAAAUUAUGUCAUUUAUGACGAAGGUCAUUUAUUAAAGAAUUGUGGUACCGAUCGUUAUAAGAAUCUCAUGAAAGUUCAUGGUGAAAGGAAAAUCUUGCUUACUGGCACACCGCUACAAAACAAUCUUGUUGAGCUGAUUUCUUUAAUGUACUUCACAAUGACAAAGCUGUUCACUAAAUAUUGCGAUGACAUUGGGCAACUCUUGCAGCAAUUUCAACAGAGAAUACCAGCUCUGGAAGCUAAAAAUGGUGAAUUGUAUGAGGCUGGAAAAAUUGAACAAGCGAAAGCUAUUUUGCGGCCUUAUAUUUUACGAAGAUUAAAAGCUGAUGUAUUGAAUUGCCUGCCAAAGAGGACUGAACUUAUCAUUAAAUGUCCAAUGACUGCGGAACAGAAAGAAAUUUAUAUCGAUUUGGUACGUGAAUUUCGAGAAUUGGAAUUAGCUGGUAUUAAGUACAAUAGUGGUCGAUUAAUGCAGUUACGGCAAAUAGCUAAUCAUCCUUUGUUAUAUAGACGUCUUUACAACGAUGAAAAAGUGAUACAGAUCGCUAAAGUAUUAUGUGCAAAAGAGAAUGAAUAUCGGAAGAAGAAAUCAGAACAUGUUGCGGAAGAUAUGGCUUUCUUGUCAGAUUUCGCAAUUAGCCAGUUGUGCUCGAAAUUCACUUCCACCCAGACUUUCAUCUUGGAUCGAAAGAUAGCUCUUGAAUCUGGGAAAUUCAAAGAAUUAGAUAAACUCUUACCUUCAAUUAAGGAAAUGGGAGAUAAAGUUUUGAUAUUCAGUCAAUUCACCGCAGUUAUGGAUAUCCUUGAAGUUUACCUGCAGCUUAGAGAUUACCAGUAUUGUCGGUUAGAUGGUGGAACACCAGUAAUGGAAAGACAAGAACUAAUUAAUGAAUACAAUUCAUCCCCUGAUUUAUUUGUCUUUUUGUUGUCAACGAAAGCUGGUGGCCUGGGUAUUAAUUUAACUGCUGCAAACCACGUCAUACUGCAUGAUAUUGAUUUCAAUCCAUACAACGAUAAACAGGCUGAAGGACGAUGUCAUCGUAUGGGUCAAAAAAAGGAUGUUUUUGUGGUGCGUUUAAUAUCGACUGAUACCGUAGAAGAAGAGAUGUUAGCCCUUGCCCAGAAAAAGCUUGAAUUGGAGAAAGAAGUAACGGGUAUAAGCACGACAAACGACAACGAAUUGGAAGAUCUAAUAGUUGAAAAACUUUUGAAGAAGGCACUUGCGUUAUAA